UUUAUGGUACCCAUUGUACAGAAGAGGAAACUGAUGCACUUUUCUUUUCCUUUUUUUUUUACACUAGAUUUUACCCCACAACAAGCUGGCCAGUUUAUACAAAUAACAUUAUUUCUAUAGCCCAUUAUGACCCCCAAAGGAGACAAGGCUCAGAGAGAUGAAAUAACUUGCCUAAAAUUAUCAGGUGAAGUCAAAAUUUUGAAUGAGUCUCUGAAUACAGAAUUCAUGCUAUUAACCAAAAUGUGGGUAACCAGGCUGGCUGCCUCAGAGUCAUCUUGGAGAGCUUUGCAAGAUGCAGAUUCCUGGGCCAUGUCUAGGGGUUUUGUCAAGGACUAGAAGUGAGCAGUGUGAUCUGUAUUUUUAACCAUUGCUGUAGUUGAUUCUGAGGUGUAGACCACUGUUUUAAGUGCCACACCAUGCUGUAGGUUGUAAGUAAAUGGUCCUGUCAUCAGUAUAUUUGUCCAGAGCAUACCUGUCAUGAAAUGUUACUCCCGGGCAAAGGUUCCUUCCUACGGUCCUUCCUGAAAUUGUAUGCAAAGAAUUUGAACUCUGUGUGUUUUUCUGAGUCUACAGCUUUGUCAAUGUUUGAAUGGAUCUAUGGCCCCCAAACAGUUAAGAACCACUCUGCAACAGUCUUUCUUCAUGACAUCUUCCUCCUUCAACUCCUGCUUGAGGAAGAAGUGUGAGAAAUGAAACACUAUUUGACCUCACCCCCACACCACAGCUCUGUGCCGCUGAUAUAGCUCUUUCAUUUCCUGGCUCAAGGAUAGGUUGCUAGGUUGCCCUUCUGUGAGCUCUUCAGGAGACUUCUCCUUUGCUGGCUUUGGCAUCACUGGCCCCAGAGAAGGAGCAGCUCCAUGGAAACGGCAUGCAGGGCUGUCCAGAGUGAAUGGGCCAUGAAGCCAGUGGGUAGAAAACCUGCUCCAUUUUCUUUGACGUCUGGUUCUUAGAGAGCAGGUAUUACUUCCCUUAUGUAGCCUGUGACCAGGAGACCUUGAUGGGACUUGUUCUUGAUUCCUGAUGCUUGGAAAUAAAUGAGCAGUUUGAUGGUGUUCAACCCUGUUUGGUUCAGCUUCAACCUAUUGAGUUUCUUCCAGCUGCAACCAGUUGUCUUCAGCAUGGGGGAACAGAACCACUCUGCAGGGAAAGAGCUUCAGCACAGGACACGAACAGAGGCUCCAGCAAAGAAAAACUGGCACCCCCAAGCCUACACUCUUGGGGCCAUUUCCAACUUUAUGUCUACUUUUCUGACCUUUCCUAUCUAUAAGGUGGUAUUCCGGCAGCAGAUCCAUGCUAUGGCAGUGUCAGAGGCUGUGAGACAGCUUUCGCAUGAAGGUCCUCAGUACUUCUACAGGGGAAUCUACCCUCCUCUUCUCUCCAAGACAUUGCAAGGGACUCUGCUAUUCGGGACUUAUGAUAGCCUGCUGUGCUCUCUUUCCCCUGAUGGGCCACAUUCCCUGGGACACCGAUGGACUGCAGGGCUCAUGUCUGGGGUGGUGGAGGCUGUGGCACUCAGCCCCUUUGAAAGAGUUCAAAAUGUCCUCCAGGAUGGUCGCAAGCAAGCUCGUUUCCCCAGCACCUUCAGCAUUCUUAAGGAAUUCAACUCUUAUGGGCUGUGGGGGCGGCUGUCACUGGGCUAUUAUCGGGGUUUCUGGCCUGUUCUUGUCAGGAAUAGCCUGGGGAGUGCUCUCUAUUUCUCUUUCAAGGACCCCAUCCAGGAUGGCUUGGCAGAGCAAGGCCUGCCCCAUUGGGUUCCUGCACUGGUGUCUGGUAGUGUCAAUGGAACAAUCACCUGUUUAGUUCUGUAUCCUCUGAUUGUGCUGGUUGCCAAUAUGCAGUCCCAUAUUGGCUGGCAGAGAAUGCCAAGCCUGUGGGCUUCUGCCCAGGAUGUGUGGGACACUCGGGGUCGAAAGGUAUUCCUGAUCUACCGAGGAGGUUCCCUGGUUAUCCUAAGGUCCAGCGUGACGUGGGGCCUCACUACUGCUAUCCACGACUUCCUGCAGAGGAAGUCUCACUCCAGGAAAGAGCUGAAAGACUGACUAGCUGCAGGAAGUGUGGCCAUGGCAUCUUUGUUCUUCUCAAUCUUCCAUGGUUGCUCCUAUCUAACUUACUUCUUUGGCUUGGUUACCUAAUGCAGCCAUUUUUUAGCAUCUGUCAUUGCAGGAGUUCCCAACUACUAGCCUGUUGGGAACAGACAAAGCCCAACAGGAACUUUUGGUCAGAAAGGGAAAGUCCCUCCAGUCUAUCCACAGCUUCAGUAGCCUCAGAGCCAGGAGGCCUUUAAAUAACUUGUAACCUAGAUUAAAUGUCAUUCUAUUAAGGGAUUCCUUAAUAAGAAGACAGUUCAGCAGAUGAAUUGAUUCAGGCUUUCUGAGUUCUGGGACCACUCCAGGUGUCCUCCAGACCAAAUUGAGAUCUCCAAUUUCAAAGAACUAUUCUUGACAUUGAAGAUGGAGAUUCCAUGAACCUUCUCAGAUUGUCACAUUCACUGCCUCUACCCCAAUCACUAACCCUUCUUCAGGCUAUAGGGCCUAGUUUCAGGGUAGCAGCUGUGGCUGGAAAUCUUAAAUUUGGUUCGCUUCAUCUCAUCAGGUGCCACAAGAUCUGGUAGGGCUAAAAAUGGAAAUGUGAAGAAAUUUGGUUCCUGAUGGAAAUAAUAUAGAUUUUGAAAGAUGAGAUUUAAUUACAUGCAAA